CUGUUCUGUCACAAAGGACGCACCUCUCCAACUCUUUUAUCGGGAGCUGUGCGCAGGGCUGAGAUCAAUCUGCCGGGUAGCGAGGGAUAAAGUCCCGACAGGCAGCCCGGAAACAAACCAUUGGAAAAUAAAAGGAUGUAUUUUUUCUGUAGACGACACUAAUGGUUCCUCAAUGGCUAACGAGGUUAUAUGUUCGGACCUCUGAGCGUAUUUAAAAUGAGAAUUUAUACGCAGCGACGGUUUUUGGAUUAUCCUCGAUUUCCCCCGAUCAUUAUGUUUAAAGUAACUACAAACGUAGUCAGAAAUCUAAAGAUUAAUUUUGCCUUCUUUGCUUUCUGAGUUGCCACAGGUAGACUGACUUAGAGGAUUCGCUGAAGUAACUUUUUCUCCAGGAGUUGAGCCGGAGAUGGAAUCAGAGGAGGGGAAGAUCUCGGUGUGGGUAUGCCAGGAGGAGAAGCUGGUCUCCGGGCUGUCAAAGCGAACCACCUGCGCCGACGUGGUCAAAGUUCUGCUGGAGGACCGCAACCCGCGGCAGGGCACCUCAGCUGCGAUGCUGUCCGCCUCCCCCGAGUCCUACUGCGUUGUGGAGAAAUGGAGGGGCUUCGAGAGGAUUUUACCUAACAAGACCAAAAUCCUCAGGCUUUGGAGCGCCUGGGGAGACGAGCAGGAGAAUGUCAGUUUCCUCCUGGUGAAGAACGAGGCAUCGCUGCCCAACAACGGGCCCCGCAGCGCCGAGGCCCGGGUGGUCCAGAGCCGAGAGAGCGGCGGCACGGGCGGGGUGCUCAAGUGCACCGCCAGGACCUGCUGGACCGCCGCUGCCACCAACCUGUCACAGGAGAAACAAAGGCGCAUAGUCAGGAAGGCUUUCAGGAAGUUGGAUAAGAUGAACAAAAAGAAAGAGCAGGCUGUUUCUAAAGAUAAGAGCUCCGUGGAGAAAAUGGAAACGCUGGUUCACCUGGUCAUCUCCCAGGACCACACUAUCCGCCAGCAGAUCCAGAGGAUCAAGGAACUUGACCGGGAGAUCGAACACUACGAAGCAAACGUGCACCUCGACCGCAUUAAGAGACACGGGGUGAACUACGUGCAGGACACAUACAUGGUGGACACCUCAUCGGAGGCUCCUGCUUCGUCGGACUUGAAGCACAAAGCGGAGCUGCAGGAUGCGCUACAUACGGCGGAGACGCUCGCGCAGUUUGAGGACUACGCGCGACGGUGCGAGGAGAUGGUCCGGCUGCAGGAGGAGCUGACGGAGCGCCAGGCGCUCGUGGAGAGCAUCACUGGAGAGAUCCAGGAGGAACUCAACCGGCGGUGGAUGAAGCGGCGGCGCGAGGAGAAAGGAGCGGAGGCUAUAAAGGACACAGAAAUUGUCGCAGAGGAGAUGUGCCUUGCUGUAUCUGCAGCUCCAGCUGUGGAACCAGAUGUUGAGAGUCUGUCUGAGAACGAGCUUGCCCUUGAGGAGGAGAGUAUCAAAACCCAGCUGGACACCAGUCUGUACAUUGGCCUGCAGCUGAAGACAGACCUGGAUACCAUCAGGGGGGACUUGGACCUGAGUCUGGCACUCUGGGAGACCAAGGAGAGUGAACUGCUGGACCUUUUGGCCAAAGUUGAGACCAUGGAGAUAGAGCAGGUGAACAAGCAAGUGACUGAUGAUGGUAAGGGAGAGUUGGGUGCAGUGAGUGCUGAGAUUGAACCUGCAUCAUCAGAGAAGAGCAGCGGCUGGGUGGAGCAGGCCAGAGGUCUGUCCAAGUCCUGCAACACAAAUGAUGAGGACUCGGACACAGGCCUGAGCUCCAUGCACAGCCAGGACUCUGACAACCCACCUGUGUGCGAGUCACUGGUAUAGACUCACUUUGUUUGGAAGCAUGUUGGACUUUUCUGUAAUUCAAAGGCACAAACUCAGGGUCAGAGAAAUCAGUGUUGGCAAUACCAGGAGAUGGGCUUCCCUACUUAAAAUGCACCUCAGUAUGACAAUGUAAUUCUACAGCAAUAAUUUCUAUAUGUAGUCACUGCACAAUAAGCUGGGAAGGUUGGGAAUAAAUGGACAGAUUUCUUUAAAAGGUCAACAUUAAGUAUUAAGUACAGUCUGCUAUCUGUCUCUAUAAAGGUAGAUAGGUCAGCUACAAACAUGCUAUCAAAGCUCUUUCUUUCAAACAAAUAAUGAAAGUGGGAUGGGUUUACUGUAGUCCCUUCAAAAUUUAAAUUUAUAGAAAUCAUAGCCACUCAAAUUGCUAUCCAGAACUCCUUACUAUUCAGAAUAUUGUGAAUAGGAGUUGAAACACUGAUAGGGAUCUUGUAAGCUCAGCAGAGUUGAUAUUGCCCUAAGUAUAAAUACAAUGUCUGUCUCUUUAACACAAAAAGUGAUAUUUAUUUAGUCGUGUUUUAGAGCUGUAUGGAGUAUCAUCUACUACACUCUAUCCUGUGCUUGGUCAGCUUUCACAGGCUGGAAAUAAACAUGAAACAUUUGAUUCCUGUUCUGUCAUCACAGACCAUUAGUGGUUGUUUCAUGGUUGUUUAAAGGAAUGGUUCGAUAACCUGGGUAUGCUUGCUUAUUCACUUUCUUUCUGAGAGUUAUAUGAGAAGAUCAAUGCCAUAUCAUGUCUAUGGUCUAUUAGGUAAAUUUAUAGCUACAGCCAGCAGCCGGUGAGCUUAGCUUAGCAUAAAGACUGGAAACAAGGGGAAACAGCCAGCCUCUCUCUAUCAAAAGAAAAAAAAAAAUCCAUCUACCAAUCUACAUGCUUGCUACAAAUCUACAUGACAAGAGAGUGGUAUCAAUCUUCUCAUCUAACUCUUGGCAAAAAAGCGAAUAAUUGCUUAAAAUUUGAAACUGUUGCUUAAAGCAGUGGUUCCCAGCAUUUUUGGUUUGUGACCCUUUAAAGCAAUACAAAGUCAACUCAUCCCAUUAUCAAAAGUUACAUACAGAUGGGUGACAAAUUAAAGGAAAAACCUAAAUAAAUGAGUGGAGAAACAUGACGAAUCCAGAUCCACUCGUGCAUUAGUGCGAUAAGUAAGGAAAAACAGAAGAACAACUAUUCGUCAGGUGACUGAGAACGUGAUCAGACUGUGUCAGCAGGAACAGUCGAUCGACAAUUACAUAGAGAUAUUAUAGUAGGAUUGCAGUGCAUAAACCCCUGAUU